CGAAAAAAAGAAGUGCUGAACAAAAGUGAAAAGUUUUCAUGUAAAUAUUUGUGGUAAUUCGGGCAGAAAAUGCUGCGAAUCAAAGCGCUAAAUGAUCAGGAAGUGCAUGGCGCCGAAGAUGACACGGAAAGAGUGACGAAAGAGGCUGAGGAAACUAUCAUCGUUUCGGAGUACUUGCGAGCGCUCAAACUCAAAAGUGACGGCAGGAAAGAAGAUGCAAUUAAGCUGUUUACCGAGCUACUGGAAGCUGAGGCACUCGAUCAGCUGGAUGGCAAAUGUGAUAAAGAUAAAAAUAAAUUGUUCAGUGUCAAGUACAACACGUAUCGAAAUUUGGGAUUUUUGUGUGAGGAAUUGGGCCAGCACGAGAAUGCACUGAAUUACUUGUUGUCAGCCGUCAAGAUGGAUGACACUGACAUUUUCACGCUAAAUCGCAUCGGAUACUUGGCUUUGGGCAUCAAACGUCCCUUUUUAGCGCAAUUUGCCUUCCAAAAGUGUCAAGAGCUCAAUCCGAACCAUUGGCUAUCGAUGAACGGGCUUCUCGAUGCUUUGUGUGCGAGUCAAAGUAUCGGAGCAGCAUACGGGCAGGCUCUCCAUUGCUACAAUCGCAACUCGUCGCAUCGCAAGGCGAUCGAUGUGCUUGUCGAAGUGAACGAGGAUUACCCCGAAAUGAUCCCGAUGCUCGAAAAAUGCUACAAAAAGGGGGAUUUUGUGCUGGAAAACGUCUCGCACAGCGGAAAUUCGAGAUUUUUCACAAUAAAACGUACGGAAAACGACGAGAUAUCAACAGAAACUGCCUCAAAAACCAUCGACACGUCAGAUUUUCGCAUGGAAACGCUCGAUUGGAUGUCGUUUGGGACAUUAAUAACAAAAUUAUACACAAAAGCGACUUCCGACAAUGAACUGAGCCUCACUCAAAUGUACACUUUUGACGAUUUUUAUGCGGAAAAGCAACCUGAGCCCAUGAUCGAAGGCUUGAACGAUCUCAGUCCCGAUGAAUUGUCAAAAAAUUCGUUUCCCGAACCAUCUCCUGGCAUGUUUGAUCUCUUCAACAACGACGAAUUACUUGAAAUUCCCAUGACGCCUGGCAACACAAUCUCGGAGCUCAAUGGAGAUGUUCCCGAAGUGACUCCCAUGGAAGUUGAAGACAAUCAGGAGAACGAACCGCCCGCAGAGAACGUCGUUCAAGCUGAAAAUAACGCGGAUUUGAGUCAAAAUGACAGCACGUUUCAAGGCGGAGACAAUACUGACACGGAAAACGGGAAGAAAAACGAUGCAGAAUCGAAUUCAGACAUCGCUGCGUUGAAAUCUGACUCGAAACGACGACGACGAGGCAGUGAACUUACCGUUCUCGAGCAAUGGGGAUGGCAUAAAAAUCGUCGUUCGAACAGGAAAAAGGUCGAACAAGCGCCCGUUGAGUUAAUUGAUGCCACAAUUAAUGGAUUUUUGCGUCGGAUACUGCCGCAAUACUUUGAAAAAAGUUACGACACGACAAAUUCACUCGCGCCUCAAGAAAGCAAUAGCAACGCUGUCACAACUGCCCUCAAUGCGAACGAUGAAGCCGCAAAAACUUACAAUUUGGAGGAAUUUAACGUCGCCACGAAAGAAACUUUUGAUAAUUUUACUGCCGAACUCAAGGAAAUGCCCGCGUUCGAUCUCUUCGUCGUCAUGCAAAAGUACUUACAGCAUCUCGCGUCGCUCUGGAAACUCCAUAUGCCCGAGGAGAUGCGAAAAAUGUACUGCGCCGUGUACGAAAUUUACCGCACGAUAUUCGAUUAUGACACAAUGAACCUCGUAAGCGAUGAGGAACUCGAAUUUAACAUCAGAAUCGCACUUUUUUACUUGGAGCUCCGUGUUAACAACAACGAAACGACGGAAAUCCCGGCGGAAAUUUUAAAACUUUGUACCGUACUGCGAUUUUACGUUGGAUUCUUUUUGUUCGCGCAAAACGUUUAUUUGGAAUUCUCUAGUCGACUCAUGUGGAUCUUCGUGUGGAUGAACGUUAAUCAGAAUAAUUUUGAACAGGCUUUGGAUUAUUUGGAAAAUCUGAAGACAUCGAUCGAAAGUCGAGAUCCCGAAUACACGUUAAUGUUGCCAAAUUUAGAUAAGAGUAGUAAUAGUCUCAUAAAUGUUAAGAUAAUCAACGACAGUAUUAUGAAAAUAAGGAGAAAAAUAAGUCUCCGUAACACAAAAGCAAUGUAUCAAGCGGGAGAAUACGAAGAAUUGGCGGAAGUCCUCAAGCAAAGCAUUUAUUACAGCAGCUCAAUUCGCGGAGAUCUCGCCAAAUCUCUCGUCCUCAACAUCCACGGACAAAUUCAGAUGUUGCUCGAAUCGCUGUGGUGUCAAGAAAAGUAUUCCGAGUGCCUUAAAUGGAUGGAAAUGAGUUUGUGUUACGGCGUCGAUGAAUUUCUCGCAGCGCCCGUACAUCAUCCGCGUCGUCGUGAAUGGGCGGAGACAAUCAACUUCAUUUUCGACUAUUUCGAGGCGUUGCUCGAGCAAGAAGACGACGACAUUUUGUACACUUUGGAUGAAUAUCUCGCGCGUCUCGUGCAAACUCUCUCGCGCGUCGUCACACAUCAGCUCGACACAAAUACGGAAAACAACAACAAAUCCGUGCAAAAUCAUUUGUUGAACGUUCAGGUCCCAUGGGUGAUUUUGUAUCCAAUUGUGCAACGAACGGACGACUUGAACUCUGUCGCACGCAAAAAAGCUCUUUCGAUUGCGCAGGAAGGCGACGGUUUGGGACUCAAAUCCAUCAUUUACGAGUCGAUGCCGAAUAGCGUGUCGCUUCUUUUCACUUCUCACGACUUUUUGGGCAGGAAAAAGUGGUGUUCGCGCGACGACAGCAAAUAUUUGAUGAAAAUUCUGGAUGAAAUUACGCCGAGAUUGAGAUCUCCCGAACUGGAACACUCGCGCGAGAUAAUUAUGGAGAUGUUGGAACAAACGACUUAUUGCUUGUACGGCUAUCCGCCAAAGAGAGUACGUUCGAAGCACAUUGAAGAGCACGAUACGAAGCCAAUUGAUCUUUCGUGGGAGCGCGCAAUUCAAUUAUUCGACAUUUAUCGCCCCGACAACCUUCCAGAGUUCAAUUCUUACAAGUUGGAGUCGAUUAGCUCGGAUAUGGAGUCACUUUUGGCACGAAUAUUGAACAUUAUGCCGAAAUGUUUGGAUAUUUCGCAGUUUACGACUUCGAUAAAGGACUUUAUUAGCGGAACAAAUCCUGUUUUGCCGAACGAGAUGAACAUUAUGCCACAGAGAAUACAGACAAUUUAUUACCUUCGAGCGGAUUAUCACUUCAAAAAUAAGGAUUUCCAAAAAGCUCGUCGUUUCUACGUGCUCGAUCUCACACUGCGUCCCAAUCGUUUCGACUCUUGGGUAGGCUUAAGUCUCUCGAAAAGCAAUAAAAUCGAGUCCAAACUCAAUUCGAGUGAUCCAAUGAACCCAAAAGACUUUUUGGAAGAAGCUGCAAAGGUCAUGCGAUGUUACGAACAAUGUUUACGCUUGAACGACAAACAUCGCGUUGUUUGGAUUGAAUUUGGAAACUUCACUUACAACCUUCAUUCGUAUUGUUCGCGCCUCUUAAAACUCCGAAGUGACACUUUAACACCCGAAGAGCUCGAAUUUGUGGAAAAAAAGAAAAAAGAGUGCUUGGAAUUGACACACAAUGCCUUUUCGAACCUCAUUCGACUCUGCAAAGCGGUCGAAAGUAAGCGAAAAGACGUCGAUGGGACAGAAAAUGGCGGCGAAGAGAGCGAAAACGAGGAUGAGGAAGAAGGACAAGACGAAAAAUGGCUUUAUUACUACAUGUUGGGCAAAAUAAGUGAGAAACGGAAAGAAUCUCCGGAGAAAUAUUUGGAUUAUUAUCUCGCAUCGGCUCGUUAUUUGUACGAAAAUAGCGCUACUUACCCGAUUCGCAUCAAUCACAGCAAUCCAACGAACUUGGCAAUUGAAGCGCUGGAAGUUUUCUAUCGAAUAACGGCUUCCAUCAUCAAAUAUUUGGAACGAAAAAAGGAUGUGACGAAGGGAGAAGCGAAAAUUUUCCAUCGUGUACUGAAAGAAGUCGCAAAUUCUCCGUUUGCCUUCAAUCGGGCGAAGAUCCGAACACCUGCCGUCAAACGAAAAGCCACAGAAAUGCAAAAUUCAGUUCCCCCGAAUGCCAUUCCAAGCACUUCUGCAACGGAAAAUGGCACAUCCGAGAAUGGCGAGGCACAAAAAGUUCCAAAACUCGAAGGAGAUGAGUCUGUGAAGGAUCGAAAUACGGAAAAUUUGAACAACGGCGAUGCCGUUCUCGAAGAAAAUCCCGUUGUUACCUCAAUUCCCACGAGUGUCAUCGUCAACGGCGUCGAUAAACUCUCGAACGGAUCAAUUCCAAGUCCCGUCGAUCCAAAAUUGAAAGAAUUACGAAAGACUGAGCAACAAUCGUCGCGUCGCGGAUCACAAGAAAGCACAAUAACAACAACAAGCACCUCAAGCAAGACAUCGUCGUCUUCCGGAUCGGGAUCCUCGUCAUCGAGUGACAGCGAUUCUGAUUCAGAUUCAAGUUCGUCGUCAGCGCCGGAGGAGGAAAGGGACGACCAACCCUUGAAACAGGCGGAUUUUGAUGCUUUGUACAAAAUUUGCAUCAAAAAUUUGGAGGAAUGCAUUACGCGGUUUCCGGAACAUUACAAAAGUAUCUAUCGGUUGGUGAAUCACUUCAUGAAUGCAACUGGCGAGACAAAGUCGUUGGAAAAUUGUCGAUUGUUGUUGUUGAGCACGUACAAAACGACACUUGGGAGCCAAAUUACGGGACUUUUCACCGAAAGGAAGAAUAAUAAUUUCUUCAAUGGCAUUUGGAGGAUUCCUGUAACAGAAAUCGAUCGCCCGGGCAACUUUUCAUCACAUUUAACGAAAUGUGUAAUCGUACUUUUGGAUGUUCUCAAACAAUUAUGUGAUCAUGAAACACUUUUCGAUCUUGCGAUUCACUUAAAUCGCACACCGGAUGCUGACAAAAAAUACCUGAAAGACACAGAACGCAACGAAUUAUUCCAAAAAGCGAUCAUGUUCUGUGUCGCAUCCUUCCGUUCCGUCCUGAAAAAGCACGUGGAAGCGAAAAAUGAGACUGCCAUCAUGAAUUUGUUGCUUGACAUAAGCAAAGCACAUCGCAAAUCGAUGAAAUAUAUGAAUCAAAAGGACUCUUUGUUUGGAGCUGUCAUGUCAGAAGUGUAUCGUGCAUAUGUCGAAGACAAAGUAACGCUUCCGGAGAACGCAAAUUGUGUUGAUUUAGCGUUAAAACUAUGCGAACACGAAUUAAAAUAUCGAAAAUACAAAGAAAAACUCGCUGCGGAUGGGGGCAAUGCUGAUUUGGCGUCUCAACCUCCUGUUCGUCCUACAAAUGGAGAAAAUCCGUUCAUUCCGGGAGUGUCAAAGCCUCGUAAAAGCAUCGAAAAACCACCAAAGAUGUCGAUUCCAAACAAUAUUCCGAACAUUUCUCCUUCGAAAAUUCCAUCGCUCAUGCAGGAUUUGGCAAAAUUGCAAGAUUUGCAUAAAAAUCCGAUUUCGUCGUCAAUUUCGGCGAACACAGCAAAUGCGGCAACGAGUAGUUCAGCGUACAAAGACUCCAUUGCGACACUUGCAAGCAUGAUGAAUGCUCAGUCAGCACUUAGUUCGUUGAAUCCGUUCGCUCCGGGCUUGAGUACGAUCGAAACGAUGGCUUUGAUGUCGCUUUUGCAACAACAAUCGAGCAUGUAUUCGCAAUUUAGUGCCUUAACGUCAAUGUCAUCGGCUCCGAAUUACAACCAAUUUCUGAAUAAGUACAUGCAAGACGUGCUCGCAGGCGGCGGAUUAGGCUCAAUGUCAGCUGCGAUGGGUCUUGGCGGCAAUUCCAGCGGAAAAAUGGCACAACAACAACCGAAAAAAGUCGUUGAUACGACGAAAAAAGACAAACCGAAGAAGGAAAAGAAACCAAAACCGCCUCAAAUGACGUCAGGAAGUCAAAAUCCGAUGAGUUUAUUGAAAGAUAUCGCCAUGAAGGGCGGAGUUUCAGUGUUGCCGGUACCAAAUAACGCUCCAACUUCAUCUUCGGGCAAAUUACAAGCCAUGGCGAACGAUUACAUGUCGAAACAACAAAAGUACAACACUCCGUCGCACGAAAAACCCAAACCAAAGAAGCAAAAAUUGAAUUCGGGCGAUGCGAAAGCCGUUAAUUUCACGCCUUCGGGUCUGCCGCAACUCAGUUUUGCGGAUUUGGUGAAGAUGGAUCUCCCGAAAUCGCUUUCAAUUACGCCUUCGGGUGCUCAAAGCCCGUCUCCCGUGAUUUCAACGCCAAGUGGUUUGACAAUUAGUCCCUCCAAGGCAUCAGCGAUACCUUCUUCGAGUAAUUUAUCAUCGCCAUCGACGACGAAACAGCAACAAAAUGUCGGUUUAACUGUCACUCCUGUGAAUAACAACUCGCAAAAUGCCUCAAAUAAGCCGCCAAAACCGAAAAAAUCGCAAAACACGACGAAUUAUAAAAACAUUCCGGGACUUAAUUCGCUUCCAUCGAUCUCUGUGAUCCCCGAAGCGAAGUUGCAAAGUCCCUUCCAGCUGGAAUUCGCGAAACAAAUGACGCUGAGCUCGUCGAUUGACUUGACAAAGAGCACAAAAAAUGCCGCCAAGAAGCAAGGACGUGAUUCGCCGAAGAAUUUCAAUCAAAAGCAGAUGAAACAAACGACAAAAGUGCCGAAUAAAAUGCCGCAAGGAGGAAAUUAUAAUCAAUUUCCGAAUUUAAAGUUGCCCGAAAUAUCUGUGAGUCCCGUGCUGAGUCACAGUAGUUUGAGUCCGGCGGGAAGUGCAGGAAGUAGCAAACCAGGAACGCCAAACAGCAGCGGAUCGAGUCGAACGAAUCCUGUGCCUGCGAGAAAUUCGACGCCGUUAUCGCAUCAACAGCAGAAAAGUCAGCAAAAUCAUAAUUUUUCACCGGCUUCGUUGUACAUGGGAACUUCGGGCAAUUCGUCGAAUUCGUAUAAACAACAACAAAAGCAACAGCAGAUGCCUUCGAUGGAUUAUAUGAGUCAACUCAGUCAACCAACGAAGACUCUCCAACAAAUCCUCGCCGAGAAGCAAAAAGCGAAUCAAUCCCGAAAUACCGUCGUUCAAAGUCCCAUCCCUCAAAACAACAAAAAACCAUCGGAUAUGUCGCGAAAUAGCUACAACAACACACCAAAAUCCAUUCCGCCGUCUUCAGGUCAAUCGUUGCUGAAAAAUAUGAACGAGCAGCAGCAACAACAAAGACCUCCUUCGAGUAAGAAGCAAAAACAAUUGUCAACUUCUCUCCCCGUAGACAUUAUUGUGCUGGACGACUGACAACGAUACUGCCUGCAACAAUUUUUCAUGAAAUAAUCAAGGAAAAAUUAUGAACAUCACAUUAAUUUAUUAUUUUGAAAAAUAAAAAAA